CCAUUUUCCUUGCAAUUAUUCUGACGAGAAUUGGUGUGGACACGGAUGAUGUAACAAAACUUUUAAACAUUCCGAAAGGCUAUAACUUUUUCGAAAUCCCAUUUAGCCCCGGUAUAUAUAUCUUUCAGAAAUUCAUUAGUUUCGAUUGUUAAAAUGUAUUUAAAUGUAAUUUAAUUGUCAUUCAGCAGUGAAUAAUUAUACGCCACCAAUAAACGUCUCAUUUUCAACCACCAUUGAGACAAUACGGAAGAUCGACGAGGUCAACAAGGAACUCACAUUGGGCAUGGAAAUCAUUUUGGGGUGGACUGAUUGGAAAAUGUUAGCAUUUCGAAAGAAUCUUACCCCAUCGCAGGUUCUCGACUUAAUUCGGGAAGGCAAACACAACAAUCGGAUCCCAAACAUGAUUACGCUUAACAAUCCAGAGUAUCUUAAAGCAAUUUGGAAACCAAAUUUGUAUAUUUACGAUCUCGAAGAAACUAGCCAACCCAAACUUAUGUCAAACCUCGUAACAUUAAAAUACGAUGCUGAAGGAGGUUACAUAAACUACAUUACAAAGGUCAUCUUAAGAUUCUCUGUUCCAAUGGAGUUUGAAUAUUAUCCAUUGGACACGCAUGCUUUCACUUUUAGAAUUCGUGGUUUCUCUUACAAUGAAAACCUGUUGAAUCUCAUGUGGGAGAAACCACCCGUCUUUGCUGAUCAUGACCACCCAAACUUUGACGUUCAACUUGAGAGCUUUGCACAAUCCAAAGCAAUAAUUCAUGAUGAGAAAUUUAACCUACUAUCUUUCAAGAUAAUAUUUCGACGCAAAAUAAGCUACCACGUGGUGCAAACUUUCAUUCCGAGCUUUCUCCUAAUCUUGAUAACGUGGUUGUGCUUCUUCAUGCCGCAACGGCUCGUCGAGGUUCGGGUCGGAAUUUGUAUGACGACCGUACUUACUUUAACCGCAAUGCAAGACAGGCAAGGUUCUCCAAAGAGUGCAUAUGUCAAGGCUCUAGACAUUUGGAUGGUCAACAGCAUAUUUUUCGUUUUUCUGAUUCUGGUACAAUUCGCCCUGCUAAUCUGGUUAAACAACAGAAAAAUCGAAUGCGAAAAGGAAGAAACGCAAGACAUGUCACCUCCUGUAUCAGUAAAUGUACGAAGUGCUACUAAAAAUUUUCCAAAUCGAUGGAACAAUGGGAUUUACGAUGUUGAAAAUGGUCACGGAUUUUACGUCAAAGCGAGGAAAGUUAGAAUCACUGCGAAAAGAAAGUUGGCAAUAAUUCUAAGAUGUAUCUGGAUUCUUGAGAGUGUCGCUUUUCCAAUGUUCCUCACCCUGUUUUUCAUAUUCAGUGGGGUUUAUUGGGGGUGUCUUAUUGUAAAAUCGAAUUUCAUGAACUGGCCAGUUCCAAAUAAGACGUUAAAUCCAAAUUUGUGAGCGAGAGCAAGUCAGUUAUUUAUUGAUCUUGUAUUAAACUCAUAGAAUGUAGACGUAUUUGUGUACAUAAUCUGUAAGAUGCAUACAUAUGUAUGUAUGUAACAUUGUGCAGUACCGGUGUCAAGUGCAUGGCCAUACAAAGUUGUGGUUGACCUUCAACGUAUUACGUUGAACGUAAUGACUUACAUUUUCAUCGGAGAUAGAAAUUGUUAUCGUAAACGACUUCACAUAUAUUUGUCUUUCAGAUGUAACAAAAAAUAUCAUGCCUAGCUAGAAAACUAGUAUAAACAAUCUGGUUUAAGAUAUUUAAUAAGCAGUCUCAAUUUUGUCUUCUGUGUGCAGUUGUACUUUGUACUGUAGUAAAUACAAUCUAUUUUAUCAAAUAUAUCACUAAAUAAUCCAGAUCUGAGUUUCACGUUCUAUUCACAUACGUAAAGUGUGCAUAAUUAUUAAUUAUACAGUAGAUUUAUAUUACAGAAAAAUUAAUUUAGCACAAAUUAAUCUUCACAAGCAAGCAAGAAAUUUUUUUCCCUGGAUAAUCGUGAUAGAUAUCUUGUAGUUUCAAGCCAUUCAAUUCAAUCCCAUUCUGCUCAUCACUAACGAACGUGGUAAUCCUCAUACAUAAAUACAGAUAUUUUAUAUUAUGUGAUACAGCUCCAGAACGAAAUAUGGUGGCAUUAUUGUGUAUAUUGUAACAAGAACCACAACCAUUAAGCGUUGCAUUAAGGAUAAACAUACCUGUAGAGACAUUCAUGCAUUUGCCGUCAUUUAAAGUUAGAUUUGAGCGAACAUGUAAGCAUCUCCUACAUAAUGUGUUAUCAUAAUUAUUGCAAACUCAGCUCGGUGGCUUCUCUCACCGAGAUAAAUCUGUGUUUGCAGUAAGAAGACUUCUCUCAUUGGAUUUGCCAUACAUACAUAUGUACAUUACAUACUUUAAUUACUGUGUGACGGGAAUAUGUGUUGUGUAGAUAUGCAUGAGAACCAUACUGGAAUAGUGCAAUAUUGUUGCUAGUACAUAUUCAUACCUUUUUGUUGGUAUAAAUAUCGAACCAGUAAUGAACACCAUGUUUGUGAGGUUCGUUAGAAGAAAAACUAUAAUAUUUAAUGGCCAGUUGAUGGUCUAAAAAACAGCAUUUAUUUUCCUGGCUCCAAGUGAUAUUGAUAUACAUGUAAAGCGUUACACUUUAGAAGGGUGACUCAUUUAAGAAUACGUAUGGAUUUUGAAUGAGCGAUAGUAGUUGCGUGUUUGUUUGUGUCAAGCUUUUCGUCGGAUCGGACCGGGUGUUUAAUUUCUAUUUUAAGAAAUACCCAACAUAACAACGUACAAAUAAUACAAUCCAAGCGAUGUAUAGUGCAUAUCAUUCAAAUUGUGCAUUACCUCAUAUGAACCUUCCGUUAAAGUUAAAGUUUUACUAGACGCUCUAGCCUCAAGGUUAAAUAUAUGUUUUGAAUUAAGCUGCUAUUCUAUGCUGUGACUUACAACUUACUACACAAUUUACGUGCAUAAACGUGUAUUUAUGUCAUUGUAAAGUAAAUUAUACAAUGAUUACACAGCUAAAACCAGUUAAACGUUAUUAACACAGUUCCAGAUCAAAAGUUUGCAAAAUAAACUGGGUCAAAUUGAUGAAAAAUUAUGCAUAAUAAAUAAGCCACAACCACAACCACAUGGAUAAAAGCAUUGUGUUGAAGUAUUUAUAUCAUUUAGACAAUUUGGUCCCACGCAUUUUGGAAAAAGGCGUUUGAAGAAAUCCCAAAAUCCAAACCUGAAUCAGUCACUACUAUAAAUCUCAGUCUCACAUUGACUACUUUCUCAUCUUUACGUUGGACAAGUUCGAUAAAAAAUCUAAUAACAAGUGCGAAAUAAAAAUAAGCAAGAUAAUAUAAAUACUAUAAACAAUAUAUUGGCAGUGGUAGUGGACAGUGAAUAGAAAUCAAGUUUUUUUGCAAGUCGUCAUAUGAGACGAUUAAUUGUACACAAAAACUCGUCUGCUCACUUCUCGACUUUUAGCAAACACACAAACUUGAAAUACAAACAAUCAAUAAUCUCAGUCUCAUUUCAGCACUCACUCAAACACAUGGCUGCAAUUAAAUAUUUUUAGUUCGGCCACAAUUAAUUAACUAUUUUCUUCCGAAAUGGUGUCCACGAAUAAAGUUCCAAUGGAGGUGGAGGAGGAAGAGGUCCAUCUUGGGUCGCCGGUGACCUGUUCCAAAUGUGGUGUUCAGUCUUUCCAUCCGUUUUACGCUUGCAAGAAGGACUGUCCCCUCACCGUGAGCAGCGGCGAAAAGGACGAGAUUCACAAAAAUCUUGCACAGUCAUGGGAGGUACGCUGUCGAGAAUCCAAGAAAUGUGCGAAUCGUAAGAUUACAAAGGCCAACAUGAUCCAGCAUUUGGAAUCUCAUGGUAUCAGAAAGAUCACCGUUUACCCUGAAAUUGACGGGGGAACUAAUAGUCUCGGCCUUGUAAGUAUUGCACUUCCGUCUGAUAUGCUGCAAAGUCAAACAGAAUUCCGGUGGCCAGCGACGAAAUUUACCUGUGACGGUGAAACCUUCGUCUUCAGCGCGGUGAUUGACCCGACAUCAAAUCGAAACGAAAGCACUGCCCAUUUCUGGGUGAUUCUCGUCGGAGGGGAGAAGAUGGCCAAAAAGUUUGAAUAUUCACUAAAUACUCCCAAACGGAAAGGGAAGAAACUGCUCUGCUGGACACGAGACGUACAUUCCUGGAAUUAUUAUGAUUUCCGCAAGAUUCGAAGUCGUCGAGAGACUGUACCAAUUCCUGUGAAAACUUUGGUUCCACUUUGCAAGGAAAUGGAGGGGAAAAACCACGCCAAGUAUUUUUACCUGGAGAUUAAAAUGUUUAAGAACAUUGCGUCUCCAUAAGGUCAAGCUCAAGCCAAGUCUACAUAAAUCUAUAAUCAAAUUUAUCUCUACGAAUUUUGUGAACAAAUAUUGUUCAAUCGUUAUGUUAUCUAUUUCAUGUUCCGUUUUCCGUGCUUACAUGUUACGCGCAUUUUUAAGGAAUCUCAUUACGCAUUUAGUAUUUAGUUUCAGUUAAGUAUUCCAAUGCUGAUUUUAUUUUACAUACGCAUAUCUUAGUGUUUUGUUAUGUAAUGGAAAUGAAAUGAAUUAACAGUUACCGAUAGCAAUUAUUGUGCAUUAUCGGAAUUUGCGCUUGUAAUGCGAAACUACACGGAACUGAAUAAAUAUAACUACUACUGCUACAAGUAGUAAUAAAUCUU